AUGCAACUGAAGACGAGAGCUCCUUCACGGUACCUCUUCUUCCGAUUUCCUGUUUUUUUUGCAGCUUCUACGCCUACCUUCCUUACAUCUCCUUCAUAUGCCCUAACCCUCCGCCUCUGUUUACAUUCUACAAAUCCUCAGAAUAUUGAAGAGGCUAUCUCUUCUUUUAAUCACCUGGUUCAUGUGCGCCCCCCCUCUAUAUUCCAAAUCACUAAGAUCUUAGGAUAUGUUGCGAGGUUGAAACAAUAUCCUACAGCUAUCUCCCUUUUGGCACAAGCGGAAUCUAAGGGAUUCACGCCAUCUCUGGUAACGCUGAACAUCUUGAUUAAUUGUUACUGUCAUUUGGGUCAAAUGACUUUUGGUUUCUCUGCCUUAGGCAAGAUUCUUAAGAUGGGCUGUCAGCCAGAUACGAUUUCUUUGACCACACUUAUGAAGGGCCUUUGCAUCAAUAAUGACGUUGGAAAGGCCCUAGAUUUUCAUGAUGAUUUGAUAGCAAAGGGUUUUCAGUUAGGUGUAGUUAGCUAUGGCACAAUGAUAAAUGGACUAUGUAAGGCCGGCAAAACGAGAGUUGCCGUUAAAUUGCUCCAAAAGAUGACGAGAAGGCCAGUUAAGCCUGAUUUAGUGAUGUAUAAUAUGAUUAUUGAUGGAUUUUGCAAAGAGGGACUGAUAACUGAAGCCUAUGAUUUAUUUUGUGAAAUGAUUGAUCGUGGAAUAUCUCCUAAUGUCGUGACCUACAGCUCUCUCAUACAUGGUUUUUGUGUCAUGGAUAAAUGGCCGGAAGCAGUAAAAUUGUUUAAUGAGAUGAGACUUAAAGACAUCAACCCUAAUGUUUAUACUUUUAGUAUAUUGGUCGAUGCAUUUUGUAAGGAAGGAAGUAUGACUAAAGCUGAGGCUAUUGUUGCCACGAUGAUGAAGUGCGGUGAAAAACCUAAUGAUGUUACUAACAACAGUUUAAUGGAAGGGUACUGUUUGAUGAAUAAUGUUUUUGAGUCAAAAAGACUGUUCAACAAGAUGGUCGAAAGUGGUUUGGCUCCUUGUGUUAUUAGCUAUAACAUUUUAAUUAAUGGACUCUGUAAAAUGAAGAUGGUUGAUGAGGCCAUGAAUCUCUUUAAAGAAAUGCACCGUAAAAGCUUUACUCCCGACAUUGUCACUUACAGCUCCCUUGUUGAUGGUUUGUUCAAGUCAGGUAGAAUCUCUGAUGUGCAAGAUAUUAUUUAUGAGAUGCAUGAUAGAGGUUGUGCCCCAAAUAUAGUAUUUUAUAGUACCUUGUUAGACGGAUUGUGCAAAAGUCACCAUCUUGACCAGGCAAUUUCAUUAUUCAGGCAAAUUGUUAAACAAGGAAUUCGGCCUAAUACUUACACAUAUACCAUACUUAUUGAUGGUUUGUGUGAGGGCAACAGAUUAAACGAUGCACGACAGAUUUUCCAACAUCUUUUGGUUAAUAGUCGUCCUUUGAAUGUCCAAGCAUACACUGCUAUGAUCAAAGGACUUUGUAAAGAGCAUUUGUAUGAUGAAGCAAAGGCCUUGUUUCAUAAAAUGCAAGAGAACGGGUGCUCGCCUAAUGUUUUAACUUUUGAAACAAUUAUUAUGCCUCUUUUGGAGAAAGGUGAGAAUGAUGAGGCAAAGAUUCUGAUUGACGAAUUAUUCAUCAAGAAAGCAGUUGGUCGCCAAGCUCCAGAAGUGGUCAUCAUUGAUCUUGACAAGACAUUAAAGACAAUUAUUUUAGAUGUUCUUCCUAAUGCUCAUCACUCUACGUGCUUAUGGCGUGUAUUAGUGAAGGUGUCUGAAAAUCUGGCUCGUAUCCUAACAUGGUUCGGUUCCAUUUCUACGGCACGCGACGCUGGAAGAAGAGUGCUCAUCGGCUUCCAACUUCGGACACUGCCGGACACCGUCGUCAUCGCUCAGGCUUGGACAGGCAUCAAUAAUUCUAUUAUGCAAGCCGGAAAAACAAUAGCUGUGGUUAAAUUACUCCAAAAGAUGGCGAAAGGGUCGCUGAAGCCUAAUUUAGUUAUGUAUAAUAUAAUUAUUGAUGGCUUUUGCAGAGAAAGACUCAUAACUGAAGCAUGUGAUUUAUUUCAUGAACUUAUUGAUCACGGAAUAUCUCCUAAUGUUGUGAUAUACAGCUCUUUGAUACAUGGUUUUUGUGUCAUUCAUAUAUGGUCAGAAGCUACGAAAUUGUUUAAUGAAAUGAGACUUACAGGCAUCAACCCUAAUGUUAAUACUUUUAACAUAUUGGUCAAUGCAUUUUGUAAGGAAGGAGGUAUAACUAAAGCUGAAGCAGUUGUUGCUAUGAUGAUGAAGUAUGGGGGAGAGCCUAAUAUUAUUAGCUAUAACAUUUUGAUUAGUGGACUUUGUAAAAUCAAGAUGGUGGAUGAGGUCAUGGAUCUCUUUUAA